GGUCACAGGUGCAAGUGCAAAACACAUAAUCUGUGACACAUCUGUGACAUACAUAAUAUACAAGAUUCAUGUCCUGUGUGUAAUGUGUAAUGUUUUAUGAUUAGAAUCUUAUUAAUAAGCCAUAAUUAUGUUCAUAAAAAAGUUCUUUUCAAAUAAAAGAUUUUUUAGUAGGUCAAUUUUCCUGUUUAAACAUAGAAAUAUUAUGGUACCAAACUUUUUUAGAAGAAAUAAUAAGACAUCUCCUUUCGAGUUUCCGAAAAUACAGAAAUACGACUUCUCCAUGAAUAAUGAAUACCCCAUAACAGAUGAGAAUAAUAUAAAAGAUGUUUAUUCAGUUAUACCUUCUAUUAAUAAUUAUACAAAUCGAACUCAUACUUGUGGAGAACUGAGAAGGCAUCAUGUGGGCAAAAACGUUAUUUUAUAUGGUUGGUUAGAAUAUAAACGUCUGAAUAAAUUUAUUAUUUUACGAGAUAGUUAUGGAGAAACUCAACUUAUAUUUUCAAAUGAGGAAAGUAAUAAUGACACGUUAUUUGAAAAAGUACCUUAUGAAUCGAUAUUGCAAGUAAAGGGUAAAGUUGUACCUCGACCUUUGUCCAUGAUUAACAAAAAUCAAAAAACUGGUGAAAUAGAAGUUGAAGUCGAAAGUUACGUUUUAGUAAAUAGAGCCAAUAAUAAUCUUCCAUUUUAUAUAAGAGAGUUUCAGAAAGCAAAGGAAUCAUUAAGGAUGCAGUAUAGGUACUUAGAUAUCAGAUUUCCUGAGAUGCAAAGGAAUUUAAGGGUUAGGUCUAAGUUACUAAUGAGAAUGAGAGAAUUUCUAAUUCAUAAUCAUUUUGUUGAUGUGGAAACGCCUGUAUUAUUCAAAGCAACACCAGGGGGUGCCCAGGAAUUUAUUGUACCAACGAGGUUUUUAGGUAAAUUUUAUUCAUUAACUCAAAGUCCCCAACAAUUCAAACAAAUGUUAAUGGCAGGUGCAUUAGACAGAUAUUUUCAAAUUGCUAAAUGUUAUCGAGACGAGGGUUCUAGACCCGACAGACAACCAGAAUUUACACAGUUAGAUAUAGAACUGUCAUUUACAGAUGUUAAUGGCGUUAUUAAACUUAUAGAGGAAUUAUUGACUUAUUCACUAUCAGGCUUUUGUAAUAAUAUUCCAACAGAAUUUCCAAAAAUUGAUUAUGAAGAGGCCUUAGAAAAUUAUGGAAGUGAUAAACCAGACAUUACAGUUGAUUAUAAACUUCAGAACUGCACGGAUAUUUUAAAGGACAAUUCUAAACUAAAUAAUACGCAUGACUUUGGAGCUUAUAUAUUAAUAUUUAAUCAGAAUAGUUCAAGUAAACCCUAUAUUUUGCCUAAGCAACUCGUCGAGAAUAAUAAAAGAAUUGCUAGUCAGUUUUCAGAAGCAAAACUAAUUCAAAGCAAAAUAAUAAGGAAAGAAUGGCCCGAGAAGAUGAGUAAGUUGUUUACAAAUUAUGAAGCAAUUAGAAUAAUCGAUAAAUACAACAUUGAUGACAAUUGUAUAGCAUUUGUAACAUAUGGACUAAAGAAUGAAGCAAGAACUUUACUAGGAAAAAUUAGAUUGGAAUAUAUAAAUUUUUUGGAGAAUGAAUUAGAAAUCAGAAAUUUACGUAAGAAAGGAUUUUAUUUUUUAUGGGUUUUGAAUUUUCCGCUGUUUGAACUGAAUAAAGAAAGUGGACAAUUAGAGUCCGUUCAUCACCCUUUUACCGCUCCUCACCCGGAAGAUAUUCAGUUUUUAAAACAUAAUCCCCUGAAAGUUAGAGGACUAGCAUAUGAUUUAAUUCUGAACGGAAACGAGAUUGGUGGUGGUUCUAUUCGUAUUCAUGAUCCAAUGGUUCAAGAAGAAAUCCUUGAUAUGCUUCAUAUUAAAAGAGAAUCCCUACAACAUAUUCUUGAAAUGCUUGGUUCUGGCUGCCCUCCACACGGUGGAAUAGCUCUAGGACUUGACAGAUUUUUGUCCAUUUUAUUAAAUACACCUAGUAUUAGAGAUGUUAUUGCUUUUCCUAAGACAGUAGAAGGAAGAGACCCAGUUAGCUUUGCACCAUCUGAAGUAUCUGAUGAAAUUUUGAAUAUGUAUCACAUUAGAACCAACACUAAAAAACUGUAGUUUAUAUGAUUAUUUUAUUGUUUAUAAUGUUGUGUAUGAUGUACAUAAAUAGAAUUAUAAAUUUACAUAUAUCAAUAAACUAGUGUAACC